AGCUGCCUGUGCCGUGUUGAAACUUCAUGGACACAGCCCCAGGCCCUGCUGGCAUUGCCAUGGGCAGCGUGGGCAGCCUGUUGGAACGGCAGGACUUCUCCCCUGAAGAGCUACGGGCAGCACUUGAGGGGUCCCGAGGCUCCCGCCAGCCUGAUGGGCUCCUCCGGAAGGGCUUGGGCCAACGUGAGCUCCUCAGCUACUUGCACCUCCCUAAGAAAGACGGCAAGACCACGAAGCGGGCUGCUCGGAACGAGCCUGCUGACUAUGCCACCCUCUACUACCAGGAACAUCCCCGGGCCGGUGACUUCAGCAAGACCUCGCUGCCCGAGCGGGGACGUUUUGACAAGUGCCGUAUUCGCCCAUCGGUGUUCAAGCCUGUGGCAGGCACCGGGAAAGGCUUCCUGUCCAUGCAGAGCCUGGCGGCCCACAAGGGCCAGAAGCUGUGGCGCAGCAACGGCAGUCUGCACACUCUGGCCUGCCACCCACCGCUGAGCCCAGGGCCCCGGGCCAGCCAGGCACAGGCCCGUGCCCAGCUGCUGCACGCCCUCAGCCUGGACGAGGGCGGCCCCGAACCCGAGCCCCUCCUGUCUGACUCCUCCAGUGGGGGCAGCUUUAGCCGCAGUCCUGGCAUGGGGCCUGGCCCCUUCAGCUCCUCCCUGGGCCACAUUAACCACCUUGGGGGCUCCCUGGAUCGUGCCUCUCGGAGCCCAAAGGAGGCUGGGCCACUGGCCGGGUUGAACUGCCUGCCUGAGCCCCCACCGCCCUAUGAGCUCUCUUGCCACACUGCCGAGGAGGUGGUGGCCAUGCUCCCCGACACCUGUGAGGAUCUCAAGAGAGGCCUCAGUGACCAGGAUGGCAUCAAUCACUUCACACAGGUGAGGGAGAUGCAUCAGCGCCUCUGGCUCUCUGAGCUGAAGCGCCUGUACCUGGAGCGGCUGCACGAGGUGGCCCAGAAGGCUGAGCGCAGCGAGCGAAACCUCCAGCUACAGCUGUUCAUGGCCCAGCAGGAGCAGCGCCGCCUGCGCAAGGAGCUGCGGGCACAGCAGGGCCUGGCCGCUGAGCAUCGGCCUCCAGAGGCUGACCCCAACACUCGGCCAGAGGAGGACGCACGAUGGGAGGUGUGCCAGAAGACAGCGGAGAUCAGCCUCCUGAAGCAGCAGCUGCGGGAGGCCCAGGCCGAGCUGGCGCAGAAACUGGCCGAGAUCUUCAGCCUAAAGACACAACUUCGGGGCAGCCGGGCACAAGCCCAGGCCCAGGACGCAGAGCUGGCCCGGCUGCGCGAGGCUGUGCGGAGCCUGCAGGAGCAGGCCCCCCGGGAGGAAGCCCCAGGUAGUUGUGAGACUGAUGACUGCAAGAGCCGGGGGCUGCUGGGGGAGGCAGGAGGCAGUGAGGCUGGGGAUGGUGCUGAGCAGCUGCGGGCUGAGCUGCUGCAGGAGCGACUCCGAGGCCAAGAGCAGGCGCUACGCUUCGAGCAGGAGCGGCGGACCUGGCAGGAGGAGAAGGAGCGGGUGCUGCGCUACCAGCGAGAGAUCCAGGGGGGCUACAUGGACAUGUACCGCCGCAACCAGGCACUGGAACAGGAAUUGCAGGCGCUGCGGGAGCCCUCCACACCCUGGAGUCCUCGGCUUGAGUCCUCCAAGAUCUGAGGCCAGUGGAGAGAGCUGACAGCAGAAGCACCGUCAGAAGAAGGCUUGGGCAAGCCCUCCCUGAGAUGGCCGGCUCCUUCCUGACAUUGAAAUGGGGCAGAAUCUGCUGAAGCCAGCCAGGGCCGGGGAGGCUCGCCGAGAGGAGGGAUCCCAGAGGGGCUGUGGGCUGGGUAGGGUGCCAGCAGCAGGAGCCAGGUCCAGGCCCACCUUGGCUGAAAAGUACCCCUGCAGGACCCAGCCUGUUCCUGGAGUAGGUGUGGCCCUAGGAAAGGGAGACUGGGAGAUGAGGCGCUCAAGAUGUAGAUGGGCAGGCAUGAGGGAGGAAGGCUGGGACAAUAACAUUGGCCUCCCCCAGAAUAAAACCACGUUUUCUAUGAG